AUGCUGUUGGGUUCAACUAUGAACGCCAAUGUGGCAUUUGAACUAUCUGAAAGAAUCCCACACUUGGGGCUAAGGAUGAAGGAACAUAGUCACCGUGCAAAGGUGUUUGCAACCAGGCUCAAAAACUUAGGAUUCAAGGUUAUCUACCCUGGUCUUGAAGACCAUCCACAUCAUGAUUUGUUGAAAUCCAUGCACAACAAGGAUUAUGGGUACGGUGGACUUUUUUGCAUUGACAUGGAAACUGAAGAGAGGGCUAACUCGUUGAUGAACCACUUACAGUUAUGGACUAGAACGAGGCCCAUGGUCAGUGAGGCCCAUGAUCAGCACAGGUCCACAUGGCAGAACAAGAACCAUGGACAAUUUGGUUUUAUGGCUGUUAGCUUGGGCUACUAUGAGACCCUCAUGUCUUGUUCUGGAAGUAGCACCAGCAGUGAGUUGAGUUCUGAGGAAAAAUUCCUUGCUGGAAUCUCACCAGGUCUAAUAGGAAUGUCAAUAGGAUACAUAGGGACGUUGGAGCAGAAGUGGAGUCAGUUGGAAAAGGCACUCACUAGACUUCAGGAAUAUGGUUUAACCAACAAGAAUUGA